GACGAGCAAAUAGUGGCACGUUCAAUCAGUAUACACAUUCCAUCACCGGCGAUAAUUAUUCAACUCCCACUAAUCUGGCUAGCAGAAAUGUGAAGAAGUUUAGGACAAAAGGGUUUGAAUAUUUUCAGGAAAUGGCAGAAAUUGUUGAAAAUUGUUGUGCUACAGGGGCCCUGUCUCGUGCAUCCACACAAGGACCCCUUGACUCAGAAGAAGAAGACGACAUGUUAAAUAAAUUUUGGAACGCUGAUGCUGGUGGGAGUAACGCUGGUGGGAGUAAUGCUGCUGAGGCCAUUCCUGUUGACUUAUUCGGGGAUGAGUAUAUAGAUCCAGCAAAGGGCAAAAGUCACAAGAGAGGCCCUGCAACCAGCCAGACUGACAGUGGUCGUUCCAAAAAGUCACGGUCAAGUGGGUUUGAUGAUGUGUGUGCUGCUUUCACAUCCUAUGUACAAGCCAAAACAGGACAUUCACGUGCACGAGAAAAUAAGACUGAGGCUGUAAGUGCAGGUGGUGAUGAUUAUUCCCUUGAUGCAUGUCAAGAUGCAUUGCUUGAGCUUGGGGACAUACCACCGUUGCAGUACGUUAGGGCACUGACACUGUUCAAGGAUAAGGAAUGGCGAAGGUUUUUCAUGCGCACUUCUACCCAUUUGCGCCUAGCCAUGAUCCUCGCUUUGCAGUGAACUGAGAUUAUCCCUGUUUUGCUUGUGUUAGCAAAUCUUCUUGGCUGAACUGUUUGAUCAUUUCAUUAUCCCUGAUUUGGUUUUAAUUCUUUUUUUUUUCAUUCCAUCAUAUCCUCUUUCCUUUUCUAUGUUCGUAUGUUUUUUUUUUUUUUUUA